AAGACUUGGAUUUGGGAUUCAUCGACGUCUUAUGGCCUUAUGACUGGCGGACCUUCUGGGGUGAACUCACAACAUCUGCUUUAAUGAUGGACAACUUAUUAGUCGCAGUUUGGAUUCUUCUACUCUUUGUUACUCUUACAUCAACUAAGCAAGUGAUUUUAGAGAAACAGCCAUUUCCAGAGAAAACAUGGGUUUGGAGCCCAUCAAGGCCAACGACUGCAAGUGGUGGGCCGAGAGGGUGGACAAAGCAGACAUAUUACUCAACUUGUGAUCUUUCUCUGGAUGAAUUUCCACAACCAAACAACUGGCUAAGAAGCGAUUCCAUCGAGAUCCACAGUGGGGCGAAAACAGUCCUCGUUACCAUCGAGUACCGAACAUUUAACUGUUCAUCGUAUUCUGACAAAGGAGGGAAUUAUUGCAAAAACUAUUUCGACUUAUACGAACAUCAGUCCUGGCAACAAUCAAUUCUCGACCCACUGACAAACAAGGCUAGCUAUAUAAAGAUUGCAAAAACAGCUCCGUCAGCUCUUGGCAUCAAAGUGACUCAAAAGUUUCGUGUAGAAGUUAAAAAAAAGUACAUCCUUUUGGCAUUUCAUGACCAGGGCUCAUGUAGUGUCCUUUUCUCCCUCACUGUUAGUUAUUUCGUCUGCCCAGAAUUGCCUCGAAUUAGUAGCUUGGUUUUCUUACCACAAACAACAGCUCCGGCGAACAACUCAAAGCCAGUUGAAGUUAACUGUGUUACUAAUGCUUUUAACAAGCAAGGCAUUCUAAGCCUGGAUUGUCAGAGUGAUGGGGUCUGGAACAUCAUUUCACUUAAUGGAAGUUGUAUAUGCCGGGAGGGGAUGGAAAAUGCAGCAGGAGAAUGCAAAGAUUGCCCAAAAGAUAAAUACAACGACGAAAAUGGCUUUAAUUGUACAGUUAUACCAUCAGCCCCGGAAAAUUUCAAAGUUAUCUUCGUUAACCAAAGCGCGUUGGAAUUACGGUGGCAGCCUCCUGCAGUGACCGGUGAUCAAACCCAGGUGUUUUAUGACGUCGACUGCCGAAAGCAGUGUGAAGGUGAAGACGAGAAUAAAUGCUUCGAUAAAGCUUGCGGGGAUGACGUCAUUUUUAUACCAAGAAGGGAUGGCCUCAACAUUACUCGCGUUUUUGUUGGAAAUCUAUCUACAUUUGUAUUCUACACCAUGAGAAUCUACGCUAAGAACCGAGUGAGCGAAGUAGCGAGCGGAAAGUAUGGAGUUGCCGCAAACUUCUCAACAAUAACACUGAGGACUAACGGAUCAGUUCCAGGUAAACCGGAAGUGUUCGUCGAACAACCAGGAACGACUGUCGUUGUAUCUUGGACUCUGAAGGAAAAGAACGGCAUUAUUGAAGAAUACCACGUGAUCUAUGUCAGAGAGGAUGAUUUGUCAGAUACCAAGACUCUUGCCACUAAGAAAAUGGAAGUGCAGUUUGAUUUAAAGGCGGGAAAAACAUAUGAAUUGCAGGUAUUUGCUAUAAACCAGAUGGGAAGAGGACCUGCAGGGGUGAGGAUGUUUACAUUGAGAAACGAUUCCGAGACUGAGACCUAUCUAGAGAUCGUCUACGCAUUGGCUGCCAUAUUGAUACUUUGUAUCAUGUGUUUCAUCUUUUACAUCGUUUGGAAACGAUGGGACCGAGGCCGAAGAAAUGAGGAAAGGGCAGCAGAAUCCAACAUUAGGGUGUAUGAUGAAAUUCCAAUCAGUUCUCUUGUUGAGUACCAAAAUUUGGAUGGUUUUAAACUAGACCGUGAACAAAUAACCACAAUGAGAGUACUUGGAAGUGGCAACUUUGGUCAAGUUUGUAAAGCAGUUUAUGGACCUUUGAGUGCUGAAGUUGCUGUUAAAUCAUUAAAAAGUAAUGCCCUGCCGAAAGACUUGCAAGAUUUUAUUACUGAAUUGCACCUUAUGAGCUCCUUGCAGCCUCAUCCUCAUGUUGUAAAACUCAUUGGUUGUUGUAUUGAAAAAGAUCCCUCCCUAAUAGUUUUGGAGUACUUAGCAUAUGGGGAUUUGUUGGGAUACCUGCGUAAGAGCAGAGGAUUUGAGGACACUUAUAAUACAGGAGAAAAGGGACCAAGUUCAUCACUCAGUGAGAAGGACAUCUUAUCUUUUGCGUGGAUGAUUGCUGAUGGCAUGAAUUAUUUAGCAUCAAUGAAGAUUGUUCAUCGUGACUUAGCAGCUCGAAAUGUGUUAGUGGGUGACAACAGAGUGUGUAAGAUAUCGGACUUUGGUUUAGCACGUGGUUUGGAGGAAGACAUCUACACUAGAAAGACUCAGGCUCGUCUUCCCAUUAAGUGGAUGCCUCCAGAAUCUCUAUUCUAUGGAACAUCAACUACUAUGAGUGACGUAUGGUCUUACGGCAUUGUGCUUUGGGAGGUCCUUACCAUUGGCGAGUCACCUUAUCCUGGAAAAACGUCCAAAACAGUAGCUGAUUUGCUGCAAGCAGGGUACCGUAUGCCCAGGCCAGCACAUGUCUCACAAGAACUGUAAGUAUACCCGCGAACUGCACUAUCUUAUAGUCCGAAUAGGAAGACUAAGCAUAUAAUUUGCGACAAAAAGCAAACGUCAAAAAUUAACAUGUCUUGCGGCCUGCCACCAUAGUUAAUGCAUUUGCAUCUGCAGGAAAUACUAUAUUUUUUUCUCACUUUAACUUUAGGUAUUGACGCCGAAAGGAGAGCAAAAUUAGUCUUUAUUUUUUACUGUUUUCCGUAAACUUAAACUCGAGGCCUGG